AUGAGUUUUCUUGGAUCGUCGUACUCUGACCAACCCGACAAGCAGGGCGAAGCCGACCCCUCCGCCGAAGACCCCCGUAGACAAAUGAUACGAUCGGCCACGGACAAGACGGGCCUAGGAGCAGUACAGAACGGAACUCCCCCGCUCAAGCAGUCCCAGACUCUACAGACGCGCCCACCUACUCAGCGAAGCAACUCAUACGAAAAUGGACCCAAGUCGCCGCCCAUGUCCUUGCGCGAUGUCAAGAACGAGUCCUCCCAGUUUCCCCUCGGUAGCAUCGAGAACCCAAACGAUAUCGCGCAGGAGCUCAGCAACUUGCAGGCCCUGAGACGCAUGUCUAUGGAUGUUGGAAAUAACGCUGAUCCCGAUAUGCUGCCCUUUUCCGGUCUCUCCCUUGUGGCGAUGCCUCCAAUCGCGCCGACGGGAGACGAUGACGAAAACGACCCUUCAAGGCUGCUUUGGGUACCUGCAGCUGUUCACCCGGAGCUUGCGCCAACAGAAUUCAAAAACUUCCUGGAGGACCGAGUCAAAACUAUCAGAAGACGAUCAGGCGAAUCCAACGACAGCGGUAUGGGCCGGAGCGACUCUAGCGGUGGCCUGAGACGGAAGAAGAGUAUGCUCUCUCGGCAGAUUGACAAUUCAGGAGGAAGAGGAGCUGUCGGCUACGUGGACGGUGCCGAGAGGCUCGGACGGAAGAGCUCCCUCAGAGACUAUUCGACACCGGAGCUCAACCUGAAUGAGCUGGUCAAGGAUCCCACCAAGGUAGUGCGAGAGCUUUCUCAGGAGAGCCAAGCCGAGGGUGGUGCCGAAGAUAUGCCUAUCCUGCCCGUUGCUCCCGGCAUGGGACUCCGUCGGUCGACCCGAACAACGUACCGGAAGAACGGCAGUGUACGCUCGGGAGAUCGGUUACCCUUCUCGAAACGGGUUGCGAAUCGACACGCUCACACAGACUCGUCCGACUCGGCUGAUACGGUGCCACCUCUGCCGUCUGACGUGCCCGAUGUGCCCCCCUUGCCUGGCCACCAACGAGUCCAGUCUGACCCCGUAGCGGAGAACUUCUCACGCCCCAACCGAUCAGUACGCCGGCAGCACAAGUUUUCUCAGGAUAUGGGUACAUUACCCGACGGUGCAUCAUCAGAGGUCGAAGAGCCUCUGUCUCUGAACACUCGCCCCGAGCAGCAGCAUCCCGCGAGGACGUCUUCCGUUUCUGCCGACGCUAAACAAGCUGUCCCAUCCAUUGUUGAGUCACCGACAGCUGAGGAUAAUGGACAAAGGCAGCAGUUUCCCCAGCGGUCAUCUUCGCAACAUGCAAACCAGCAGGCCCCCCGCAGUCUCCAGUGGAGGAGCCUCCUGCUCGUUCGACCAAGCGGCCUGGAUCUAGUGCAGCCUGUCAAGCAGCCAACCACCGCUCCCAAUCAUACGCUGAACGACAUGGCUUCCCACCCAUCUAUCUUGCCCGGCAGUGGUGCCUCCCGAACGGACACCCUGACUUUCAUUCCCACUUUGCCGGCAGAAGAAAAGAAGCCGGAGGAGAAGAGGGUAGCGGGCAAGCUCAGGAAGGAGAGAGACGACGACGCGUCUAGCAUCUCUUCGACAAAGUCUUCCGGGGGAUGGUCCAAGUGGCUCAAGGGCGGCAGUGACGAUAAGGACAAGAAGAAAAAGGAUGAAGAUAAAAAGAAGAAGCACAGCGCAGAAAAGGCACAAGACAACGCCCGGUUGGAUGUCCUGCAGAACUCGAUUGAGGGAGCUUCUUCCAAGGGUAGAGAGAGCAUCAUUGUGGAUCGCGACAACGUUGACAACAAGCUUGCAGAGGAGCGGAAGAAGGAGGGUAAGAAGACGGAAUCCAAGAAGGAGAAGGAGGGCGGUCUCUUCUCAGGCCUCUUCGGUGGCGGUAAGAAGAAGAGCGAGAAGGAGAGCAGCAGCAAGAAGAACCAACACCUGCGCGUGUCGGAAGACGUUCCAUAUCGACCUCUCAAGCCUGACGUUGACUACCAUUGGACCAGAUUCCCGCUCCUCGAGGAACGAGCGAUUUAUCGGAUGGCUCAUAUCAAGCUCGCAAACCCACGUCGGUCGCUACUCAGCCAGGUUCUGCUCAGCAACUUCAUGUACAACUACCUCGCCAUCGUUCAAGCCAUGCAUCCUCAGAUGCAGGUUCCGCAAUCACCGCAACAAAGACGGUUGGAGGAGGAGCGCCGCCGCAAAGAGCAGGAAGAACAGUACCUCGCACAGCAACAGCAGCAGCAAGAUGCGGCAGACCAGGACACUACGGGCCAGUACAACUUUGAGUACCAUCGAGGUGAAAACCAGUACGGAGACCAUCCUCACGAUGAGGUGGACUACGUGGAUGAUGCUCAGAUCUAUGAGUACGACCACGGCGGCGACAUUGACAAUGGACGCAGCAAUGGCUACAAUGGCCCUGACAGCUAUAAUGCUCAACCUGGCAAGCAGUACUACCACGACCAGUAUGGACGUGAUGGCGGCGACGAUGCGAGGCGUAGGGACGAUCGAGAGGACAUGUGGUGA